AUGGCCGCCAUAGACUCAACCGCCACCCAGGCAACCACCAAGCCGGCCGUCCCCGUCGUCACCUCGUUCCCCUUCAACCCCCUCACAACAACCUUCACCCGCCCCUCGGACUGUGACGGCAUCUUCGCGUCCUCCUUCCUCUCCGGCAUCGACUUCUCCACCUCGUGCGUCCCCAAGGGCUUCCACACCGACGAGACGGGCUACUACUCCGCCUGCCACGACAACGCCGGCGCCAGGACCAUCACGACGGUGACGUGCUGCCCGACGUACGGCACCGACGUGUCGCUCUCGUGCGUCACGGCGAGCACGCUGUUCAGCGUCUGGUCGACGCUGUACUGCACGUGGAUUGCGCCGGACGGGGACGGCACGAUUCUGCCCGUGACGGUGAGCAAUGGCGGGACGACGAGCACGGUGGUGGGCGCGUUCCAGUCGCCGGGGGGGCUGAAUGCGUUUGGCAUCCGGAUGGUGUAUCAGAAGACGGACCUGGAGACGACGACCAUGGCGACGACGACGACGACGAGGACGUCGCAGACGAGGAGCAAGUCCACGACGGCGACGGAAACGGGUCGGCCAAAGGAGACGGGCGAGGCAUCGUCUGGUCUGUCGUCGGGGGCGAAAGCCGCGAUCGGGGCCGGGGUCGCCGUGCCGAUUGUCGUCGUCGUCGGGCUGGCUCUCGGGCUGUUCUUCUGGUGGUGGAGGAGGCGGAAGCAGUACGUGCGCGCGGGCCAGACGACGCCGCCGACGGAGCUGCACGGGGAGUCGCCGCCGAGCGAGCUGUCGAACGAGGCCGGGAUGGUGAGCAAGCCUCUCUAUGUGGCCGAGGUGCCGGCGCACGAGCCUCCUGCGGCAGAACUGCCGGCGCCGUUGAGGUGA